UUACAUUUCUCAAGCAUGUAUUCGAUAUCAGACUGCAGAAAUAUUUUAUAAGAGAAGGGUGAUACCUCUAUGUGACUUCGAGGUGACUUCAUCACUGCUACGUCUUUUCUAAGACCCCUCAAAGGAUAAGAAAGAAAGAAAGAAAAAAUAUUCGAACCCCACAGUUGGAAUUGAUCCCAGGGGCAAUUCAAGAACCUUCAAUUUGUAAUACUGAUCAGUUUGGGAUCCCAUCAAAGAUAUCCAACCUUUAUACCCACGGAACGCUCGAACUCUCCCGUGUCACAUGACGCAAUAAUAUCGGAGAAGCCGAAGUCGAAGAAUCCUCGGAGACCCAGGGGCAGGUAGUCGGGCAGCUUUUCGGGCGAAAGUUUACAUCAAGAGCGGGAGAGCCUGAAGUGGUUCGGUAAGCGGAGUAAUUGCCCAGGGGCUCUCCUGCUCUUGAUGCAAACUUUCACCCGAAAAUAUCACGUUCGUUGCGUUCCUUUGAAGCAACAGUCACGUACUGAGCUUAGCCAGUUGCGGGAUCAUGCGGGAUAACGAGCGCAAUGACACGGGAUUUACAAUUACCCAGAAUGCUUUAACAACAAAGCACUUGGUAACCGAGCCAUUAGGGAAAAUCUCUGAGGUUGUGUAUGUUUUGGGAAUUUUUUCGCCUAAUUUCUUGAAACUAUGAAACCAUUAUCUGUAAUAAACUGGACGCGCAGAUCGGAAGAUGUUAGAUGAUCUCCCAAACCUUGGAAAAUCUAAGCCCAGUCAUGGAAGAUCACCAUGGAAAGUGGGAUAAAUCAAGAGGAAAGCCUGGAAAACACAAAGAAGAGGUUCCCUCUGCAAAAGAAGAAGUUCGUCCUGAAUAUGAAGAAUACCUUCUUUUGCUGCAGCAAAGAAAUAGGUUGCUGAAGAAGCUAAAGAAGAAGAACGAGCAACAGAUCGAGUUGGAGAAAAAGGAACAGGGCUUCUCGAUAUAUGUCAAUGGUGCUAAUGUAGAGCUGGGACGAGCAUAUUCGAGAGCGAAAUCCCGCAGUUCAUCAAGACAUACUAAAACUGCUGGAGAUGCCUAUCAUGAAAGGAAAAAGAUCUUACAACAUGAACUCCAAGCCUUAGAGAGAGAAGCAGAAGCAAGGGAUAUCAGAGUUAAAACAGCUCCGGAUGCAACCCCAACCUCAAGAAAAGGCUGGAAAUAUGAUUCAAUACAAAUCAAAACUGAUGAAGGAAAGAGAGUGAAAAUAAGAGCACCAGGGAAGCUUACUGGUAAAUACAGUGAGGAUUUUGAAUCAGUUGUUGUGGAUGAUAGUGAAAGUGCCUCAGACCAGGAUGCUGCUGACAAUGACUUAAGUGAAGAAGGAGAUGAGUUAGAUUUUGAUAAUGAUGAUGACAAUGAUGAUGAAGUGGAUGAGCUUACCCUUAGUUUUAAUGAUGUUGAGACACUUCGCAAGUCACUAGAAGCUGAUGAAUCCAUUAGAGAAAGCAUAGAGGCAGCCAAAAAGAGAUUAGAAGAAGAAGCCAAACAAGGAAGAAUGACUAACAACAACAACAUAGUUGAUGAUAAUGAUGAUGAUGAUGACAAUGAAAUUGAGGAAGAGUUAGAAGGUGCAAAUGACAGUUUGAACCUUCAUGAUGCUGCAGCACUGGAAAGACUUCCUCAGCUGUCUAGCACACCAGAUAAGAGAAGACGUGAUGUUGAAAGCCCUGUUACCUAUAGUCAGGACUUUGAAGAGUCUUCUGAUAUGAGGACAAGUACAUCUAGAGGUGAGAGAAAUCAGUCUGAUAUGGCAGGAAACCCUGAUCUGAGAAGGGGCAAAUCUGACAAGACCAAGAGUUUAUCUGCGGGUGUUGAUGGCCAGGAAAACAAAGUUCAUCAAAGGAGCAAAAAGGUCAUAGAUUUUCCAGAGAACCUGGCAGAGGAAUUGGUUGUUCUUAGUUUCUCAUCAUCGGCAGGUGAGCAUGAUUUUGUGGAAAACAAUUGGGGGAAUGGUAGAAGGUUUUAGAACAAAAUGAAGCAGAAAUAUAACAAAUGAUCACUUGAUUUGUUUUUACAAUCAAUCAGAAAUUAGUGGCAAGUUUAACAUACUAAAUGGAAGAUUUGACAUCAACCUGUUGCCUUUGAUAUAUACUUGGUAUUGCAAGUGAAUAUAUGAAAGAUCAUACAUUUGAACUGCAGAGAAAGAUAUGAAGACAUGAUUGAUCAUCGCAGUU